AUGGAAGACGAAGAUAAUGCAUGUCGAACACCACCAAAAAAGAAAUCGAGAGUCGAACAAGGGAGUAAACCUAAAGUCGCCCAGAAGUUUCGAGAUGAUUGGCUGCAGAUGAAUGAGUUCAAGUCUUGGCUACAGCGUGUUCCUGCUAAUCCUCUCAAAGCCAGAUGUAAAUUGUGUUCUCAGGAAUACACUGCUGAUAUAUCUGUAUUGAAGACACAUGCCAAAACAGAUAAACACAAAGAGAGGGAAAGACCACUGAAGAACACAAGCAUAAAAAUGACUCAGUUUCUUCAACGUGAAGACGGCACUGGAGACCCCUUAGACACUGCGGAAAUAAAAAUUGCUGCAUUCUGUGCCGAUCACCAAAUUGCCUACAACGCAUUGGAUCACCUGUCAGACCUGCUGAAAGAAUGUUUCCCUGAUUCCAGAAUUGCUCAAAAAAUGGCUGUGAAACGAACCAAGGGAACGGCAAUUGUCAAAAAUGUCAUUGGCGAAACGGAAAGGCGCAUACUUGCGGAGAAGCUGAAGAACACUAAAUUCAGCAUUUUGACAGACGAAUCCACAGACAUUUCGGCUACUAAAACAAGUUAUUUGCUUGUGAGAUAUUUUGAUGAAGGAGAAGGCAAGGUUGUAUCGAAAUUUUGGGAAUGCACAUUACGAUCCUAA